AUGGCGACCGCAGCUGCCCCCGAGUCCUCUCUCCUCUCCCUCCUCUACCGUUCAUACCCAGCCGCCAUCUCCCCUGAUGCCACAGAGCCCGAUUACCUCCAUGCUUCGCCCAAGAUCUUCCCUCAGGUGAAGUUCGCCGAGACCGAGGAGGCCGACAUCAAGCAAUGGCUUAACACCGUCAGCGGCUUGAAGACUGCUCUCGCCAGCAAUGACAAGUCCGUUUUUGACUCUAUUCUGGCCCAGCUGAACACCCAUCUCGCCACCCGUACUACCCUGCUUGGUGCGAAGCCUUCGGUCGCUGACAUCGCCGUUUACGCUCUUGUUGCUCCUCUCGUUGAAAAAUGGUCUCCCGAGGAGCGAACAGGCGAGAAGGGCUACCACCACAUUGUGCGCCAUGUCGACUUUGUCCAGAACGCACGCCUUUUCGCUCUGCAGAUUCCUGAGGAGGAGAAGGUUGUUAUUGAUGUGAACGAUGUCAAGUUCGUGCCUAAGCCUGUUGAUGCUAAGGAGGAGAAGGAGCGCAAGAAGAAGGAGAAGGCUGCUCAGCAGAAUGCUGGUGCUGAGGGUCAGAAGCCUCUUGUUGUCGGCCAGGGCAAGCCCGCGAAGGCUGAGAAGGGCGACGCUGCCCCGACCGAUGCUGCUGCCGCUGCCGCCGCCGCUGGUCACAAGACCGGCAAGAAGGAAAAGAAGGAGAAGGCCCCCAAGGCUCCUAAAGCCCCUGCUGCUCCUGCUACUCCUCCCUCCCCCUCUCUCAUCGAUUUGCGUGUUGGCCACAUCCUGCGCGCCAUCAACCACCCCAACGCCGACUCCCUCUUCGUCUCCACCAUUGACUGUGGUGACGCUCCCGGCUCCGAUAACACCUCUUUGGAUGAGGAGACUGGCAAGACCGUCCGCACCGUGUGCUCUGGUCUCAAUGGCCUUAUCCCCUUGGCUGAGAUGCAGAACCGCAAGAUCGUUGCUGUCUGCAACCUGAAGCCUGUUACCAUGCGUGGCAUCAAGUCCGCAGCUAUGGUUCUCGCUGCCUCUCCUCGUGUUGAGGAGGGUGCUGACUCACACGCUGGACCCGUCGAGCUUGUUAUUCCUCCUUCCGAUGCCCCUGCUGGUGAGCGCAUUAGCUUCCAGGGCUGGGCCGAGGGCGAGCCUGAGAAGCAGCUUAACCCCAAGAAGAAGGUCUGGGAGACCUUCCAGCCUGGCUUCGGUACCAACGAUGACCUCGAGGUUGUGUUUGACAGCAACGCUGUCCCAACUGUGAAGGACCAGGAAGGCAAGCCCCCUGUCGGCAAGCUUGUUACCGCCUCGGGUGUUAUCUGUGUUGUCAAGACUCUGAAGGGCGCCACUGUGCGGUAA